UUUUUACUGUCUUGCAGGUUUAUUGAAACGCUAUGGAAUUGCAAGCUGUAAUAUUAGCUGCAGGUCGGGGGUCACGGAUGACUGACCUCACAGCCAGCUUACCAAAAGCUUUGUUACCUGUUGCAAAUAAACCAAUGAUAUGGUAUCCAAUCAGCAUGCUGGAGAAGGCAGGAUUUGAUGAGGUGAUCAUAUUAACUUUGGAUAGUACAAAAGGUGCCAUCUAUCGGGCGUUAAAAUCUACACAAAUUCAAAUCAAAAUGGAUUUUGUCACAGUGUCUAGUGAGGAAGACUUGGGUACAGCAGACUCCCUCCGGAUCCUUAAUGAACAAUGCAAAAUUAAGACUGACAUCCUUGUAGUGAGCUGUGACCUAAUAACUGACAUUGCUCUUCAUAAACUUGUUGAUGUGCACCGGACGUAUGACUCUACCAUGACGGCCCUGAUGAUGGCACUACCAGAGCAGUCCUCUGAAUCUCUUACUAUCCCAGGAACGAAAUCCAAAAAGAAAUUAG